AUGGAGGUCCUAAGCUUCUUGCUCAUGAACAUGACAGAAGCCGCCAGGGCCUGGGCCCACCCAUACUUGGACCAACUUGGGUCCCAUUGUGCCAUCAUCCAAACCGUGGAUGAUUUCAAAAUCAAGUUCCUGGCAGCCUUUGGAGAUCUGGACACCACCAGAGCAGUGGAGCGGAAAAUUACUUCCCUCACUCAAACCAGCACCUGUGCUGAAUAUAUUACUAAGUUCCGCACGCUGCAAAUGGAACUCAACUGGAAUGACGCUGCACUUUGCGGCCAGUUUGCGCAAGGACUUCACUGGGAAGUCCAAAAACAGAUUGCCACAAGGGAAAGGCAACCCCGUACCCUGAGGAAGCUGCAAGAUGCUGCCCUCAUUAUUGACAACACCCUCUGUGAGGAGAGAGCCAGCCACCCACAACAGGGUAAUAAGUCUGGCAAAUCUUCUACCACCCCCAACCAGGGGGCAAGUACCAGCCAACAGGCCACCAAAACCGGUCCCCUCUCCUCCAAUCCCAAUUACGUCUUGGAGGAGGAACGCAAUUGCUGCCACGCAGAAGGUCUCUGUGUCAAAUGCAGCAAACCAGGGCAUAAAUUUGCCAAAUGCCGGACCAGAUGGAAGGCUACCCCCAAGGAGGAUAAGGGGAAAGCCAAAGAAACCGCCAAAAUUGGCAAAGACUCCAAGUACCAAUUGGGAAAAGAGUAA